AUGGCUUCCCUUGGUUUCCUCUCCCUCUCCUCUCUCCUCCUUCUCUGCUUAUCCUCGGCUUCUGCAACUGUCGAGGAUGAUCGAAAGGCGUACAUCGUCUAUAUGGGAGCUCUCCCUUCUGACAGUCAAUAUUCAGCUAUGUCUCACCAUCAACACAUCCUUCAACAAGUUACCAGUUCUCUCGAAAACUCAUUGGUCAGAAACUACGGAAGGAGUUUCAAUGGCUUUGAGGCGAAGUUGACUGAAUCCGAAAGAGAGAAGCUUUCUGCCAUGGAAGGUGUAGUUUCGGUCUUCCCAAGCGUUAAGUUAUCUCUUCAGACGACGAAAUCUUGGGAUUUCAUGGGGUUUGGCGACAAAUUCAAACAUAACCCUGAGGUCGAGAGCGAUAUUGUAGUCGGGGUUAUCGACAGCGGGAUCUGGCCUGAGUCCAAGAGCUUUUCAGACAAAGGCCUCAGCUCUCCGCCCGCAAAAUGGAAGGGCGUUUGCAAAGGAGGAUCGAACUUCACCUGUAACAACAAGUUGAUAGGAGCAAGGUUUUACAUCGAUAAAUCGGCUCGGGACUUUCAUGGUCACGGAACACACACUUCUUCAACGGCUGCAGGGAGCAAAGUAGAAGGCGCAAGCUUCUAUGGGAUGGCAAACGGAACGGCGCAAGGAGGUGUCCCUUCGGCCAGAAUCGCUAUGUACAAAGUCUGUGAGGGGGAAUCGUGCGAUACUGGAGCAAUCUUGGCGGCUUUUGAUGAUGCUAUAGCUGAUGGUGUCGAUGUUAUCACGAUUUCCAUUGGAGGAGACCCUGUUGUUUUGGAAUCUGACCCGAUCUCUAUCGCGGCUUUUCACGCUAUGGAGAAAGGGGUUUUGACCGUACAAUCGGCGGGAAACAGCGGCCCGACCUCUGGAACGGUCGGUAGUAACUCUCCGUGGAUUCUAACCGUCGCAGCGAGUACAACAGAUCGGAAAUUUGUCACCAAGGUUGCUCUUGGAAAUGGCAAGGAAUUAUCUGGAACUUCGAUCAACGGCUUCAAGUCGAACGGAACAAAGUUUCCUUUCUCGUACGGAGAAUCCAGUUCGAGUUCUUGCGGCGAAGACGAUGUCAGGAUGUGCAGCAUAGGAUGUAUUGAUUUCUCGUUAGACGGAAAGAUUCUGGUGUGUGAUCAGCCGAUCGACGAAGUCGAUAUCGAAUCUUCAAAAGCUGUUGGAGUUAUCAUUCAGGGAAAAGUUUCACGUCCUGUUAUUAGUACAGUUCCUCUUGCAGUCCUGCCUGAAGAUCAGUACUCGUUGCUCACAUCUUACAUCAAAUCGACAGCAAAACCUGAAGGAACUAUACUGAAAACCGAGACGACAAACGGUGCUGAUGCUCCUGUUAUGGCCUCUUUCUCUUCCCGUGGUCCGAACAUUGUACUCGGUGAUAUCUUGAAGCCCGAUAUAACGGCUCCAGGAGUGAAUAUUCUCGCAGCUUAUUCGGCUGAGGCUACCCUGGUGCCUGGACCCGACGAUGGACGACGUUCCUCGUACAGUUUCUUGUCCGGAACAUCCAUGUCUUGUCCUCACGUAGCUGGCGUUGCGGCUUAUCUCAAGAGCGUCCACCCGAAAUGGUCCCCAUCCACUAUCAAAUCUGCGAUCAUGACAACUGCUUGGCCGAUGAACGUUUCGAGCAGUGAAGAAGUGAACGAAUUCGCGUACGGAUCGGGACAUCUGAACCCGACAAAGGCGGCGGAUCCGGGACUUGUCUACGAAACAACUGGAGAUGACUACUUAAAGAUGCUUUGCUCGGCGAAUUACACUGCCAGCAAGCUUAAAGCCAUCGCAGGAAGAGCAGUAAGUUGCCCAAAAGGAUCGGAUUUGGCGAUUAAAGACCUCAACUACCCUUCGAUGAGUGCGAGAUUUAGUUCGAGGCCUUCGGAAAUCACGUUUUCGAGGACUGUUACCAACGUCGGGCCAGCAAGCUCGAUGUACAAGGCGAAAGUGGUAUCUUCUUCGGAUCUAAAGGUCGAGGUCGAGCCUAACACCCUCUCUUUCAAAUUGGUCGGCGAGAAGAAAUCGUUCACCGUUAAGGUUUCGGGGAUUAGUCCUGUGGAUUUCGAUUCGGCGACUCUGGUCUGGUCGGACGGUUCCCGCACUGUGAGAAGCCCCAUCGUCAUAUAUUCUUAGGAUUUGUGUUGUAAUGACAUUCUGAUGUAUGUUCCAUUCCCCGUCGGAAUCCGUACUAUUGCUACUAUAUUCCAAUUGUUCGAAAACCUCUCUUUUGGUAAUAAUAUCAUUCAGUUCCAUCCUCUAA